UGGAAGGGGCUGCUGUGCCUCGUCCUGGCCGCGCUCCCGCUGCUCUGCGCGGGCCUUGCUCCUCUGCAGAGCCCCCAGGACCUCCAGGUGCUCGUGGUGAACACCAAUUUCAGCCUGAGGUGGAGCCACUCGGGGAGCCAGCCCGGGGUGACGUUCUCGGCACAGUACAAGUGGUCGGAGAGCAGUGGAGCAGAGUGGCAGGAGCUGCCUGGGUGUGGGAAUGUCUCUGGCACAGAGUGUGACUUCUCCUCAGCCAUAACUCACUAUUAUGACCCCCACUUUGUGCGUGUGAGGGCCCAGCGAGGGGGCCGAGUGUCCCCCUGGUCCAGGAUCCUGGAAAUGGUCCCGGAUCACGAAGCUCAGAUUGGUCCGCCAGGAAUAGAGUUGCAGCCCACAAAUGGAAACAUAAAAAUUAAGGUUUCUCCUCCAGAAGCAAAUCAGGACAGAAAAAUGUGGGUAAAUGACCUAAGCUUUAAAUAUAAUCUCGUUUUCUGGGAAAAUUCAUCAAAUUCUCAGCCCAGAAGUAAAAAUAUUUUUCCCAUUGACACCAUCGGAGAUCUUGCACCAGACACCACUUAUUGUUUUAAAGUUCAAGCAAAUCUUCCUGUGGAGGGCAAAGAAGGGCUGUUCAGUCCCGUUCACUGUGUGAAAACCACCCAAAGAGCAGUGAACGACCUUCUCUGUGCCAGAAAUCUGAGGGUCCUUGGUUUGAAUAUGGAAUUUCACCUGCACUGGGAGAAUCAAUAUAAACAACCCGUGAGCUACAACGUCCAGUACCUCAUUGGGUAUCUGAAGAGGCUGAACGAGGAUUACUCUGGGAAGUGGGUGAGUGUCCCUGGGUGUGGGGACACCACUGGCACUCACUGCAACGUCUCCUCGGUCAUCACCACCACCGGCUUUUAUUACCUGCGUGUGCAGGCCAGGGCUGGCCACAACAAAUCCUGUCUGUCCACUGAAGUCAAAGUAGAUCCUCUGAAAACCAAUGAAAUUGGCCCUCCUGGUGUAAAGCUGGACAUCGGUGAUACUUUGCUCCACAUCCAGAUUUCUCCUCCUGGAGGACCUGAGGGGGAAGUCAUGAGGAACAACUACCUCUUGUCUUACCGGAUUCUGUACUGGAAGAACUCAUCAAGUGAUGAGGAGGAGGCCAAGGUGAAGGAAACAAAACAAACCGUGGCGACGAUCGCCGACCUCGCGCCCGACACCCUGUACUGUGUCAAAGUGCAGGCCUUGUCAGCAGCUUACAACAAAAGCAGUGGCUACAGCCAGGAGGAGUGCAUCCAAACCCCUGCAGAGAAAGCUUUCCCUCUGAUCAUUUUAGCCACGUUCAUCGUUGCCCUGGUUGUUGUCCUGCUCGUGGCCUUGCCCCUGGUGUUUGUGCUCUACCAGGCCUACAGUAAAAUCAAGUAUGUGUUCUUCCCAGCCUGCCAACCUCCUCUGAACAUCGAGGGGUUUGGGGGACAGCUCUGCACCAGCCCUUAUCUGUCAGCUCCAGAAGAACCAAUAGAGAACUGUUCUAUAAUUGAAUCCAUGGUCACAUGUGAAGGAAAUCAGAUCGAUUUUAAAGACUACAAACAUUCCAAGCAGAGCAGCCGAGACUCAGGAAAUUACUCCAACGAGGACAACACUUCAGGGAACAAAGGCUCGGCAGAAACUUUGGAAAAGGAGAUAAUAUAACUCUGAGGAAGGUAAAACUCAUCUCUGGGGCCGGCAGCUUGGUGGAACUUCUUUACUGUGGGAGUCACAGCCUGAGGAAGGGGCUGUGACUUUUGGGAUCGUUGUCUUUGGGCUUCCAGAUCUGCACUUUGUU